AUGGCUUUCAUUCGACAUUCUCUCAUUAAACUUGCGCCGGUAUCAACAAAAUCUAUUUUAACAGUACAAAAACGUUUUUAUUUAUUACUUCAUGAAUAUGUUUCCAUGGGAUUACUUGAAGAAGCUGGAAUACGUGUACCAAAAUUUCGCAUGGCUCAAACAGUCGAUCAAGCCUAUCAAAUAGCUUCAAGUCAAGAACUUGGUAAUGAUCUUGUUAUUAAAGCUCAGAUUCUUGCUGGUGGUCGAGGUAGAGGAACAUUUGAUAGUGGAUUGAAAGGUGGUGUAAAAAUGAGUUUUUCACCUGAUGAAGCAAAACAAGUUGCAUCUAAAAUGCUUGGUCAUCGUUUAUAUACAAAACAAACAGGUCGUGAAGGAAAACCUGUUAAUCAUAUCAUUCUAUGUGAAAAAUUAUUUACACGACGAGAAUAUUACUUUGCAAUGGCAUUAGAACGACGUUUUGAUGGUCCUGUAAUUAUAACAUCAACUCAAGGUGGUACACAUAUUGAAGAGAUUGCUGCUGAUCAUCCUGAAGCUAUCAUUCAUCAUCCAAUUGAUAUUGUUACUGGUCUUGAACGUAAAGAUGCAUUGAGUAUAGCAGAAAGACUUGGUUUUCGUAAUGAAGCUCUUCAAGAAGCAGCUGAUACAAUGAUGAAAUUAUAUAAUUUAUUUAUUACGAAAGAUAUUGUUCUUUUAGAAAUUAAUCCAUUAACUGAAGGAUCUGAUGGAAAAAUCUAUUGUAUGGAUUGUAAGAUUAAUGUUGAUGAUAAUUCAGAAUAUCGUCAACAUGCUGUAUUUGAUCACAAAGAUAAUGCACAAAAAGAUUGGCGUGAUGUUAAAGCUGAAGAAGCUAAUUUAAAUUAUAUUGGUCUUGAUGGUGAAAUUGGAUGUCUUGUUAAUGGUGCUGGUUUAGCUAUGGCUACAAUGGAUAUAAUUAAAUUACAUGGUGGUAAUCCAGCUAAUUUUCUUGAUGUUGGUGGUGGUGCUUCAGCUGCACAAGUUAAAAAUGCAUUUGAAUUAAUUACUGCUGAUCCACGAGUACAAGCUGUGUUUGUCAACAUAUUUGGAGGUAUUAUGAGAUGUGAUGUUAUUGCUCAGGGUAUUGUUGCAGCUGCUAAAGAACUUAAAUUGACUAUACCAAUUGUUGUACGAUUACAAGGUACAAGAGUUGAUGAUGCUAAAGCAAUUAUUGCUUCCAGUCAAUUGAAAAUACUUCCUUGUGAUGAUCUUGAUGAUGGUGCUCGAUUAGUAGUGAAACUAGCAGAGAUUGUUAGUUUGGCUCGAUCGGCUUCGAUUGCUGUUCAAUUUGAAUUACCAAUUUAA